AUGUCUCGCAAGUCGUCAGUAGACCACAAGGAGGACGCAGACUUCAAGGCAUCUCACAACCAUGUAGAAGAAGCGCCAGUCGUCGUCGAGAUCGACACCUUUCGCGUCUUGGGCCUUGACCCGGAAGAUGCAGAGUUCUACAAUAACUAUUCAGAGGAGAAGCGGCGGAAGACCACAAGGAAGGUUGAUGUUCGACUUGUACCCAUGCUAGCUCUCUUGUACUUGAUUUGUCACAUCGAUCGUGCCAACAUUGGCAAUGCGAAAAUUGAGGGCAUGGUGGAAGACCUGGGCAUGACUGGUGUGCAGUACAAUACCGUGCUAUCAAUCUUCUUCGUCCCCUACGUUCUCCUCGAAGUUCCUAGCAACAUCCUUCUGAAAAAGUUCAAGCGACCGUCCAUGUUCUUGGGAAUUCUCACUACGGGGUGGGGCAUCAUUAUGACGACAACUGGUUUGGUCACCAACUUUGGUGGACUCAUGGCUGUUCGGGUUUUGCUUGGGAUUUUCGAGGCUGGAUUCUUCCCCGCCGCUAUUUACCUCUGCACAUAUUGGUACAUGCCCAAAGAUCUCGCUACCCGAAUCUCGUACUUCUACACAGCUAGUGCACUAUCUGGUGCAUUCUCUGGUUUGCUUGCUGCCGCCAUCGCCGAGAUGGACGGAGUCGGUGGCUACGCCGGAUGGCGGUGGAUCUUCAUCCUGGAGGGACUUGUUACUGUCAUGAUUGGCAUCUCAUGCUUCUUCCUGCUGAUUGAUUCGCCUGCUUUGUCAACUAGGUGGCUAGAGCCGGACGAGAUCCGUCACUUGGAGCUCUCCAUGUUCAUCAAGCAAGGCGGCAUGUUUCAGGAAGAGCGUCGUUUCCGCUGGAAGGACCUCAAGAUGGUUCUGUCGAACUGGAGAAUCUACAUGCAGGCGUAUUUCCUUUUUGUCCAGUCAGCUCUCUCUUACGGUACCAAGUUCACCCUCCCCACCAUCACCAAAGCAAUGGGCUUCAGCGAUACCGUUGCCCAGCUCACAUCUGCUCCUCCAUAUGUUGCGGCCGCGAUCUCGGCCGUUGUGUUCGCAAAGGUCUCAGAUCGUUUCUACUGGAGAAUGCCGUUCGUGGCCGCCCCCAUGGUGAUUGUCACUGUGUCUUUCGCCAUAUUCCUUGGUCUAGAUGGAGCGCUUUCAACUCAGCGCGGUCUCGCAUACUUUGCCGUGGUGCUCUGCUGUGUCGGUAUCUACCCUAUCCAGCCGGCAGCCGCAUCCUGGAACGCCAACAACGUUGCCCCUGAGGCGCGACGAGCCAUGGCCAUUGCGCUCAACAACUGUGUAGGAAACAUUGGCGGCAUCCUAGGUAGUUUCAUGUACAUCGAGGCUGAGAAGCCGAAGUACCACACUGGAUUUGGCCUCGGUCUUGCCCUAGGAGUCACCGGAUUGAUUAUGUCAUUUGUGCUCGAGAUGACCUACAAGAGAGGAAAUGCGAAGAAGGAUAAGCUGAGUGUGGAAGAAAUUCAAGCCCGGUACACCGAAUCGGAGCUGUCGGACAUGGGAGACACAUCACCACUGUUCAAGUAUGUUCUGUAA